GAACUUGACAUUGAAAAUUGAAAACUCAGUCUCCAAACAACAAAACCAAACACAAAUGUCUGCAGAUCUUGCCAACCUCGUCACCCGCCUUGAGAAGGCCGUCACUCGUCUUGAGGGCUUUGGCGGCGCCGCUGCUGCUUCCGGCUCUGCCCCCGCUGCUGCUGCCGGUGGCGCUGGUAGCUCCAAGUUCGUCGAGGCGUACGAUGAGGAGGUCGCCUCGGCCAACCUCAAGACCUUCUUCGCCCUCUCGGCCGAGAUCGGCGGCGAGGUCAAGACCCAGGCUGACAAGGCGCAGGUUGCGUUCAACGAGCUCCGCGCUGUGCUCCAGGUGGCCGCGUCGUCCAAGAAGCCCAGCGACCUCGCUGCCAUCUUCAAGAACAUUUCUGGCGCCAUCGCGUCGGCUUCCGAGUACCGCGAGGCCAACCGCAAGAGCAAGGACUUCAACCAGCUCUCGGCCAUCUCGGAGGGUCUGCCCGCUGUCGGCUGGGUCGCCGUCGAGCCCAAGCCCGUCCCGUACAUUGAGGAGAUGAUCAACGCUGCGCAGUUCUACACCAACCGCGUUCUCAAGGACUUCAAGGAGACCCAGCCCAAGCAGGUCGAGUGGGCCCGCGCAUGGGUUGCCGCCCUCAAGGAUCUCCAGGCCUACGUCAAGAAGGCGCACACCACCGGCCUGACCUGGAAUGCCAACGGUGGCACUGCUGCCGCUCCCGCUGCCGCCGCUGCCCCUGCUGCCGCCCCCGCCGCUGCCAAGCCCGCCGCCGCCCCUGCUGCUGCUGCUGCUGCUGCUGCUGCCCCUGCCAAGCCUGCCCUCGGUGGCGGCCUGUUCAGCGAGCUGAACAAGGGUGGUGACAUCACCUCGGGCCUCAAGAAGGUCGACAAGUCGCAGAUGACCCACAAGAACCCCGAGCUGCGCGCAUCGUCGGUCGUCCCCGCCGCCGAGGCCAAGGCCCCCGCUGCUUCUUCUGCCAAGGCUGCUUCUGGCGCCCCCACCGGCCCGCCCAAGACCGAGCUCGAGGCCAAGAAGUGGGUUGUUGAGAACCACGUCAACAACAAGGACAUUGUCCUCUCGGACACAAACACCAAGCAGACCGUGUACGUGUACAAGUGCGUCGGCUCCACCAUCCAGAUCAAGGGCAAGGUCAACGCCAUCACCGUCGACUCGUGCAAGAAGUGCGCCUUUGUCUUUGACUCGUGCCUCGCCUCGUUCGAGCUGGUCAACUGCCAGUCGAUCCAGGUCCAGGUCCUCGGCGCUGUCCACACCAUCCUCGUCGACAAGACCGACGGUGCCCAGAUCUACCUGUCCAAGGACUCGCUCGAGGCCGAGAUUGUCUCGUCCAAGAGCUCUGAGAUGAACGUCCUCGCCCCCGUUGACGCUGGCGGUGAGUUCCGCGAGUUUGCCCUUCCCGAGCAGCUCAAGUCCGUCUGGGACCCCAAGGCCAACCGAAUGAUCACCACCGUCGUCGAGCACAAGGGCUAAGCGCAGUGUCUGGUCUUGAGUGUUUGUCGCACUGUGGUUUUUUGUUUCUUCCUUUUAUUCCUUUGCGUGUCGUUGUCUGGUGCUGUCUGGUUGUUUCUAAGUUUCACCUUGCUUUUCUGCAACAAUACAAGCAACUGCGAGACGUCGUCAGCUGACGCACGCUUCUUGUACAAACCCAAACA